UCGAACGCGUCCGCUGCCUGACGUUUGACUCGUAAACACAACAAGCUUGCAAUCAACAACGUUCGCAUCGCGCAGUGGCCCGAGUGAAAAGAGCGAAAAUUUCCAUCCUAAUUGCGACACAAUUCGGGCCCGUACUCUCCAACACGGGGCACCGUUCUGCCAGAAUUCGACAGCAGAAAAAGUGUAAUAACGUGGUGAAAGGGGCGCUAGCUUCCCCGCGGUCAUCGGUUCAGUGCAGCAGAGCAGGAUUGGUUUCGGCGUCACCCCUUCCCUGCCUCAAAGUGAAAGUAGUUAAAACAAAUUCCACCUUCCACCCAGCGAGGGCAGCGAGCUAUCUGGGAGGAUGAUCCCUGCCCGGGAAGGUGUGUCCGGUCGCAAGGGAAUCUGUACGAAAAUAUAAGUUUUUGUUUGUGUGUGUCGCGUUUCCGUGUGUAUGUGUGUUGCCACGGUGAGGCGCACUGGUUCGGAAGAAAGCAAGAGCACCCAUGUUGAUGCGUUGUGAUAUUUUGAGGCCUCCUGGAUCGGCGGAUCGAGGUGCCUGAAGGGGGCGCUCCGAAAGAAAGUGAAUUUCGUGUCCAAAUUCCUGCGCGAUUGUAACAAAUUGUGGUCACCUUCAAAUCAAACUCAUCGCCAGUCCGUUCGGCGGUGCUGAGUGGCCAGCACAUCUUCGCCGGAAGGAUUUGCUUCCGACAGCAGUAAAUCCAGUGAGAAAGAGAGAAAAACACCCGUUACACUGCUAUCGUGUGAGGCCGCGGCAGGCCACCAACGGCAACAAAAUUACGCUCAACGCAACGCAACUGUACGCCGUCCUGGACGCCAUGGAGCAGGACGAGGAGCAAGUGCCCGACAUACGGGAGCAAAUGUUUCACAACACGGUCCGCGAGCAUAUCAUCUUUAUGUUGCUGUUUCUGUUGCUUUACCUUGGAAGCUAUGCACUGAUCAUUCGCUUCCGGAGGCGCGAUCGUGACGAUCUGUUUGCUCCCGACGAGGACGAAAUCACUGUGUAUCGCAUUAGCUUAUGGUUGUGCACGUUCUCCCUGGCCGUGGCCGUGGGUGCCGCUCUGCUGCUGCCGAUCUCCAUCGCCAGCAACGAGGUGCUCAUCCUCUACCCGAACAGCUACUACGUGAAAUGGUUAAACAGCUCGCUAAUACAAGGGCUCUGGAACUACGUAUUUCUGUUCUCGAAUCUGGCGCUGUUUGUGCUGCUCCCGUUCUCCUACCUGUUUACCGAGUCGUCCGGUUUUAGCGGCCACAAGAAGGGCAUCAUGGCGCGGGUGUACGAAACGUUUACCGUAUUUUCGCUGCUCGCGUUCAUCGUGUUUGCGACGACGUACGUCAUAUCGGCGCUGCGCGACCCGGACCGCAACACCUUUCAGGCACUGUUCAAUUUAGCCAAAUGUCAUCUGCCAUUCUUGUACUCGUGUGUGUCGUUUUUAGGUGUACUGUUACUAUUAGUUUGCACCCCGAUGGGUUUCGUAAGACUGUUCGGUGUGGUUGGCAAGGUGCUGGUAAAGCCAAACCUGUUACGCGACGUGAACGAAGAAUUCCACGCCUUCAACAUAGAGGAGGCCACUGUCAAGCGCAAGCUGGCGAAUGCCAAUCUUAAUAUAGAGCUAAGGAGCGUAACAACGAUAGACCUAACGCCUGCCAAACUUUGCUCCGGGCUGGAUGAUUUGUAUCAAAUCAAACCAGCCACCAAUGGCAGCCCGACGAGCGAAUCUGUCAAGCUGUUUGAAAGACUGAGAGAGCUAGAGUCUGAACGUAAAGUGCUCGAUAAGCAACGCAGCUCUUCGGCGCUUCAGAGGAAUCUGGUCUAUCCGAUAGCGAUGCUGCUAUUGCUGAUACUAACCGGCAUUACGGUGCUGCUGGUCGUGCAGAACACGCUCGAGCUGCUGAUCGGCAUCAAGGCAGUGCCAUUGAGCACCAGGCAAUUUACACUCGGCAUCACUUCCCUAUCGAAGCUGGGACCGCUGGGUGCCACGCUGGAGGUGUGCAUUAUCACCUACCUAGGCGUCACGUCUACCGUUGGGCUCUACACGAUGCCGUUCAUGCGUAACGUGCGGCCCCAGCGGCGCAACACAUCACUGGCGCAGCUGAUAGCAAACUGUGGCCUCGUGCUUAUUCUUAGCUCUGCGCUGCCACUGCUUGCGCGCAUUCUAGGUAUUACAAAUUUCGAUCUGCUGGGCGAUUUCGGCCAGAUCGAGUGGCUCGGCAACUUUCUGAUCGUGCUGCUGUACAACGUGGUGUUCGGCACGGCGGCCACGCUCUGCCUGUUCAACAAGUUCACCGCAACCGUGCGGCGAGAGCUGUGUGCUCGAUUAAAAGCAUUGUUUAACUACAGCAGCCACAUUGAGCUGAGCAUUGCUCAAAAUGCUGGCCAGCUGAAUCAUCUGCAUCCAGCGGCGUUACCGCAGCACCAUCAACACCAUCACCACCAUCCGAUCAACCAUGCUGUUCAGCAUCCCGCAUCAUCAUCCGUUUCGACUGAACCGAAUAAUGGUGCGACUAGCACAACACCACAGGAACACUUUAUUGCGGUGGAACAUGCAAACAGCAGCACUGUGCAUCAUCGUGGAAAUGCGCACGUGGCUACCGGCAGUAGCACGAUUGACACCAAAGAGCAAGCAGCAGCAACACGGUUGACGCUUACCAACGGGGGCGCAGUUCAUGCGGAUGUUAAAAAGACACGUUGAAGACGGAUGUGUGGUAGCAGCCAUUUCCAAAGCAAACAAAUGACCCGCAAAAACCUGCUCUCGAUAGUUGGAUUCUCGCACCGCGUGAAACCCAGUGAAACCAACCCAUUCAGUAAGAUAUUUGUAAGAAGUCGCUGUUGGUUCCGUUCCGUGCCGUACGAGCCAUCCUGAUCCGCCGACCUGAUUGCACGAAUGCAGCUAAAUCUAAUAUAUUAUUACCAUCUGCCAUUUAAGUGAUAUUAAGCCUCCCCUUUCAAUCGGGAUAUUAUUUCUCAUGGCUGUAUAAUGAUGAGUUUUUUUUUUCUUCACACCUUUUCUUCGCUCCCUUUUACGCAUUAAGGCCGGGGUAAGGUUGUCAGUACUCGAUUAUUAGUGUAAUUUCGAUUUUCACUAGUGCAUCUGGCGGCGGCUUACUGAAGCUUUUUUUAGUCGAGGAUCAAAGUCGUGCCGGAUCUCAAAUUUAAGUAGUUUUUUCCACCGUUUUUUAUGCGCAAAUAGCUGAAAUACUUGCACAACAUAUUUAUGUAUCAUAUACAAAGGUUUUCAUGUCCAGUUUGACCAAAAAAACAUGUAAAAAUAACAUAUUUUCUGAAGCGGCUUCAAAUUGUUUAGCAGAAUGCUUCGACCAGCCGCCGCCAGAUGCGCUAGUGGCGAAAUAGAAAUUACACUAGCGAGUGCGGACAAUGUACCCCGGCCUUAAUGUUUAGAUUUUAUCAAACGACAAAGCUACUCAACACACACACAAACACAAACUAAAAAGUACGAUCCCUGUAUCUCUAAUGCGUAUUAUGCAGUCUGAGUGUGUGUGUGCGCGCAACAUAUUAAACAUAAAUAUCUAUACCAAGUAAGCAAAAA